UCUGAACAUGACAAUCUGACUACCCUAGUCAUGUGCAACCGUAAGGCAUCACAAUUUAAAACCGCACCCAGUACCAAAAGGAAACCCAAAUCCGCCAUGGGAGAAAGCAUCGAACCAGCUUUCAUACAGGCUCUAGAGCACCGGCCAAACAACCAAGAAGACACUGCCCAACUACCUGAAACCAUACCCACCAUCGAUCUCUCCUUGCUGAAUUCCCCUGCUGAACCUUCGAGACUCGAGGGUCUGGUGAAGGAGAUCGGCAGAGUCUGCAAGGAGUGGGGAUUCUUUCAGGUAGUCAACCAUGGAGUGCCCUCCAAGGUGCGGCAGAGGAUGGAGAAGGCGGCGAAAGAGUUCUACGACCAUCCAUUGGAGGAGAAGAUGAAGGUGAAGAGAGAUGCAGAGAACCCAAUGGGGUACCAUGAUAGUGAACAUACCAAGAAUGUUAGGGAUUGGAAGGAAGUGUUCGACUUCUUCUCGAAGGAGCCAGCUGUUAUCCCGGCAUCUGAAGAUCCUGAUGAUCAAGAGCUCAGGACUGUUAACAAUCGCUGGCCUCAGUACCCUCCUGAAUUCAGAGAGGUGUGCAAAGAGUACAGUGCAGAAGUUGAGAAAUUGGCAUACACGGUGCUAGGGUUAGUGUCCUUGAGCUUAGGCUUGCCGGCUGAUCGGUUGAACAAAUACUUCACCCAUCAACUGAGCUUCACCAGGCUGAACCACUACCCUCCAUGCCCUGCCCCCGACCUUGCACUUGGCGUGGGCAGGCACAAAGAUGCAGGAGCCAUAACCGUCCUUGCUCAGGAUGAAGUUGGAGGGUUGGAAGUGAGGAGGAAAUCAGAUGGGAAAUGGUUCCCCAUAAAGCCAACUCCUGAUGCAUAUAUCAUCAACAUUGGCAAUUGUAUGCAGGUGUGGAGCAAUGAUGAGCUGUGGAGCGCUGAGCACAGGGUGGUGGUGAACUCUGAGGAGGAGAGGUUUUCAAUGCCUUUCUUCUUCUUCCCUUCUCAUUAUGUGGGGAUUAAGCCACUGGAAGAGCUUGUGAACAACCACAACUCCCCCAACUAUAAGGAGUAUAACUGGGGGAAGUUCUUUGCUAGCAGAAACCGCAGUGAUUACAGUAAGCGACAAAUCGAAAACAUCCAAAUUGAUCAGUUCAAGCUAUCAAAUUGACCCUGUUGGUGUUCCUAGCUUCAAGUAUGAAUAAAUAGGAACUGAUGUUUUUACUAUUUUGACUUCUACCCUAUUGUUCUAGUGGUAGUAAAUAUCAUAAAACCUUAAACCUCUAAUGAGUAACGAUGCAAAGCAUUAAAAGAGAGCUUCCAUUCCCUUUGCUUCUCAGUCUAAACUUUAAUUCCUUCUUCUACCUCUGUUUCGACGGGAUGAGACCACUGUAGUCCACCCAUCAACCUCCGGUUGAGUAACGGGUGAAUCCACCGCCAUCAUAUUUGACUCGCCACCAGUAAUCAUCUUAUCUCCAUCCUCACUUCCAGAAGAGUCAUCAUCAUCAUCAUCAAUCACAGU